AUUUCCUGGUCUGUUGUAAUCAUAUUUGCAUGGUUAGGGUGACAGACUGUUAUUCUUUCCUCAUCAUCUAUACCCUCUCCUCUGGUGGGACUCUCUUUCUCUCUCCAUAAACUAACGCGUAUAUUCGCUGGUUUCUUCUUUUUUUUCAAACGCCACCUUUUCAUCUCAUCAAAACAACACCACCUCUUUUGAGUUUGCAUCCAACCAUUUCUUCACACACACAACACAACUAAUUCAUCCUCCUUCUUCUUCCAUUCCUUUCACCUCUCUUUCUUUUCUCUUAAGAAUCAAACAAGGCGUUUUUGAAAUUGUUGUUUAAUCCUUGAUCAGUGAUGGCAAAAGAAAUUACUGUUAAUCAAGUGGAGUCUGAGAUGAUUGAGCCAGAAGAUGUUGAUGAGAAAGCUAAUGAGGGUUUGAUUAUCACAAAAGGAGAGGAAACUACUGUUAAUCAAGUGGAGUCUGAGAUGAUUGAGCCAGAAGAAGAUGAUGAUGAUGAGAAAGAAAAUCCGAAUGAGGGUUUAAUUAUCUCAAAAGGAGAGGAAAUUACUGUUAAUCAAGUGGAGUUUGAGAUGAUUGAGCCAGAAGAUGAUGAUGGUGAUGAGAAAGCGAAUCCUAAUGAGGGUAUAAUUAUCACAAAAGAGGGUUUUAUUAUCACAAAAGGUCCGCCUAAGAUUCUUUCGCGUUAUCGUCGUGAAAGGAGGAGUUCCUGUCACGAUUUAUGCAAAUAUGGUAUCCACCAUGGCACUGAAGAAAAACCAUGGAAAACAGCAAAGAAAAGGAGGGAAACAAAAACCGGUAUAACUUCAUUGGAAGGGACUGAUAAAUCGGGAAGGAGUUUGAAACUUGGAGAUCGUAAUUAUCGUGUUGACAUCAAGGAAGUAAUAACAAAUGAUAAAACAGCCAUUUCGGAGAAAAAUUCAACACCUAUUGAGGAAACAGAUGUUUCCGUGGAGCAUAAUAACAGCGACAUGGUUCGAGGAAAUUCUGAGGUAUCUUCUCUUCAUGUGAAGGAAUGUUCCAAAAGUCAAAGAAGAUGGGAAUUAGUCAAAAACAAAUGUGCUUUUGGUUCAAGCAGCAGAAAAGAAACUGCAAUCCAAAGCAACCAGAAAAUAAUAUCUUCUGGUGGAGGCAAGGAUAAAUCAGCAGCAUCAAGUUUUCUCUUGUCUUCAAAACAAAAUGUCAAGAAAUCUUCAAGCUCGAGCGAUACGGCCAAAAACUUGAAAAGAGUGUCUUCUCAGAAAAAUCGUGAGAAUGGUGAAGUCAAACCUGAAUUAGCCAACAAUGACAAUUUACCGGAGAAAAUUUUGCAUGCCAUUGAACCAAUCUCGGAAAACUUAUCUGAGGAACCUACUCUGGCUUGUGAUGCAACUAAGCCACCUUCUCCUUCACCUUCAUCGUCGUCAACGUUAAAGGACAAAAGCUUAAAGAGGGCCAGUAAGAAAACCGGCAAGUCAGAGGUGUCUUCAUCUUCAAGGAAGGGCCUUAGACAUGCUGGACAUGGAACACUCACUCAUCAAUCCUCAGGGAACAAAUUCAAAACAAACAUACAGCUUAAAGCACACAGUGUUUCUCGAUCAUCAUCAGCAUUAUCGUCUGUUUCUUCAUCUAACUCUUCCUUCAGAAAACAAAAUGGUACUACUUUUAAACGCAACCAAACAAGACAUGUUAAUCAGGAUGAACAUUUGAAGGUAGGGUACAAAAUCAGGCCAAAGAUGACCACAAUAGUUGGGGGAGCAAACAAAGUUAAUCCAUCAAGGAAGUUAACUUUUAGGAGAGGAAAGGUGAUUGAAAUUCAGCCUCAAAGCAACAACAUUGCAAGGAGACUCAAAUUCAAGCCGGUGCGCUUGCUUGGCGAUGACGCCAGAAGAGAUGCAAAUGGCACAAGAAAAAGGAUCAUGACCCAUAAGGAAGUUCACAGUGGUGAGUUAAAUGCUGCAAAUAUCAAAACAGAGAAAAUUGAUCUCAAACACCAAACUAUGGAAAGAGGUAAAAACAGAAGUUUUGUGAGAAAGGUUGGCGGCAUAGAUAGAAGCAAGGUAUCUGGUUCAAAAUCAGGAUCUGAGAAAAUUGUUUUGAGGCAUCAAAAUGUAGAAGGGAGGAAACAAAAUACAGGUUUGUAUAAUAAUGUCAUUGAAGAAACUGCAAGCAAACUUGCUGGACUAAGGAAUAGCAAGGUCAAGGCUCUAGUUGGUGCAUUUGAAACUGUGAUAUCUCUUGAUUCUCCAAGAGAGGCCGCAACUGCAGAAGCGACCACAGUUUGUUGAGUGUUACUGAGUACUAGUGUCAACCAUAUAUAUCUGGGUUAUUGUAUAUAUUGAUAAUUGUGGAGGAACAAAAAGGAAGAACUGUCUGAAAGUGACUUUGGUCCUAAGCUUGGACGUUUCUAAAACUGCAUCUGUUUUGUGGCUGGGAUUUAUUAAGCUUGGAUUGUUAAUGUUGUUUCAUGUGUUUUUAACUGUUUCUUUGUAAAUUGUGUCUUUGAGAUUUGGUGAAUGAGGAUUAUUUCAAUUGGAUUGUA